UGCUAUAGAAAUGUGUUUAACGAAUGCAUUACCAGUAAAGGCAACAAAGAUGUCAUAAUAAGUCGGAUGAAUGAGUUCUCGUCUCCGCAUUUCAGAGAUAUCUGUAUUUAUAACUCCACUUAUAGUAGACUGUUUGUAAAACACGGAAAGUGUUUGAGUCAAACAGUUUUGGAUCAGAAGAAAUGCCAAAACAAAUACAGACUUUUGACACAAGCGAAGGAGGAGGUGCUCUCUGCGGUCGGCUAUUCGCGAAACAACACCAGAGCCGAGAAUUUUCAAAAAACAUAUACUGUAAUUGACAAUUGGUGGGUUGAGUACCAGACCUGUGCCGUCAAAUCGGUGAUCGACAGGUGCGGCGCGCAGGCGGCCAUUCUUGUGAACGAAGAGUUUUACAAGACAUACACGUCGAGCGCCACAUCAAGAAUACUCACUUAUAGAUCAUGUCUACCACAGGACAAGACAUUCACAUAUCCGGCCUGUUUUCUGGACCAAUCGGUUGAUCCAAACUCUUUGGGCAUCGCUUUGGACAGCAAUAACGAGUUGGACGUCGAGGACAACAGCAGAACUAAAGACAUACAAAAUAUGUUUGGAAACAAAAGCAAUGAAACGAAUCCAACGGAUUUUGUUCACAUCGAGGCCUCUAUUUAUAACUCGACGCCAAUUAACAGUAAUCCAAAAUUAGUGCCACAACUCAUUGCUUUGGCUUUCGUUAAACUUUUUCUGUAAAACUUGUUUAACAAAAACAUUAAAAGUAUAACAUUUACUGACGA